GGAUCCUGUACAUGGAGCUAGUUACAAAGGACACAAUCUCUGCUUCCUUUCAAAAGACAUCAUAUGUUUAUUUACUUCCAGUCUGGAUUUGUCAUUUUAGUGGGAUAUAUAGCCUCUCACAAAGGAGCACACAGGAUCCGUUGGAAACUUGCGUUGCCCCACCAGAGAUAAUCUGAGACGAAUCAAAUCAAGUAAGGCCACGGGAUUGACUUUACGCAGAGCCGGGGAUGGAAAGACGUCAGUCAGAGCUGUGGAGCUUGAUGUCAGAAAUGGUGGCACCUGUUGUGAAUAUUUGUAAAUCAGCUACUAAAGAAUUUAGGGCCAAGGCUCUGCUAUGACUAUCAGACUAAGUGACGGUUCAUAUGGCAUCACAUGCAACAACAAAAGGUGGAUUUCUGAUGGAAUAUAUCAGAGCCCCCAGAGCAAAGUACACAAUAGUGGGAGAAGCUAUACGGUAUGUCGUCCCUGGGCAUAUGCAAUGCUCAAUCGGUUGCGGAGGUCAAGCCUGCAAGUAUGACAAUCCAAGUUACUGGAGUGAUGACCAACAGGCCAUACGAGGGCUCUACUCAUCCUGGAUUACUGAUCACCUCCUUGCCAUGUCCAGACCUUCAACAGAGAUCAUUGAGAAAUAUAACAUUAUUGAUCAAUUCAGAAGGAAUGGCAUUAAAACAGUGAUCAACCUGCAGAUUCCUGGUGAACACGCUAGCUGUGGAAAUCCACUGGAGCCAGAGAGUGGUUUUUCAUACCUCCCAGAGGUCUUCAUGGAGAAUAACAUUUAUUUCUACAAUUUUGGCUGGAGUGACUACGGGGUGGCCAACCUUACAACUGUGCUAGACAUGGUGAAGGUCAUGGCCUUUGCCCUGCAAGAGGGGAAAAUAGCAGUCCACUGUCAUGCUGGUCUCGGCAGAACAGGUGUCUUGUUAGCAUGUUUCUUGGCCUAUGCUACUAGAAUGACAGCCAACCAGGCUAUUUCAUAUGUACGUACCAAACGCCCUAAUUCCAUCCAGACCCGAGGUCAGCUGCGUUGUGUCAGACAGUUUGUUCAAUUCCUUAACCCUUUAAGGAGCGUGUUUUCCUGUGCUAAGCCCCGAUCCAACGCAGUUACUCUGCCCCAGUACCUGAACCGUCAGAGACAUAUGCUGCAUGGCCAUGAGAGGAAGGAGUUGAGGCACCUGCCAAAGAUUGUUAAGUUAGUUUCUAGGCUGCUCUUGGACAUUGCAGAGAAUCGACAGGUGAUUGAGGAAGAUAUCCUGGAGGCCCCUGAUCUCCAUGACAUUGAAAUGUAUCUCAGCAUUAUUGAGAAGAUGGAUUUCGAAAUGAAGGAACCCCGCUUACCAGGUUCACCCACUUUACCACGACAUUUUAACGAGCCACCCAUCUUCUACCACCGUAAAAGUCUGAGCUACAGUGAGUCUGACUUGAGACGGCUGGGCUCAGAGCUAAACCUUCUCACGCAUCCUCUGACCUCCCUGUCACAGAGUAAUAUUGAGAUGUCCAUUUACCCAUGUGAGCUCCCUGCUUCCCAGUCUCAUGGUUGGAGCAGCAACACGUCCGAUGUCUCUCACAACUCCACAGGCUCACUCUGGUACAUUAAGAAUGAGGAAAACCAAAAAGAUGGACCCAUUCUACUGAAGAAAGUGAAGAGGAAACCAAUUAAACGUAGUGAGUCCGUGGGAAACAGCGAAACUACCAAAAAAGAUAGCAUAUUGUCCAGAUGGAAGGCCGAGCAGAGGGAAGAGCUAGCAAUGAAUGGGGUAAAAUCUCAAGGUAGAGAAGAGGACCAAUCAGAGGUACCCUUUAUCACCCUGCAGACAGAGUUGUCCCUGGAGGCCAGGAGGUUGCUUGUGGCACAAGCCCUGGCAGUGGACCUUUUUGUGGAUGGGGAAGAAGAACACAAGAGCAAAGUUUUGGCUUGGCAGGCAGAGCUGAAUCAAGGUGGUGCAUGGGAAAGGCUGUGUAUGGAGCGAGAUCCCUUCAUCCUCACUGGACUCAUGUGGGCAUGGCUAGAGCAGCUUAAAGAGCCAGUCAUCUCCAUUCAGGAGGCCAAAGCCCUGAACCCCGAUAAUACGGAUGCUCAAACUGUCCUAAACCAACUUGAUCAGGCCCCGAAAGAAACACUAACAUGCAUAUUAGAUUGCAUGGCUCACAUGCUGAAAAUACCAGAAGAGGUUGAAAAUGCCUUCCUGAGUCGUACCAUCAAGGCUUUUACCUGGAUGACCAUUAACUCAGAAGAUGGGAGCAAAGUGUUUGAGUCCAUGACCAGAGUCUUAAGGUGUGUUCUUGGGGACAUGAGAUCUACGGCCAUCGAAGCAGAUCAGACACCCCUGUCUCCCUUUCUUGUAACAUAAAUAUAGAUAAUCUAGGUUUGGUUCAC